AAGAGAACAUACUCAGAGUCAAAUACUAUUUUUUCAACGCUCUUAUUUUGCAAACAGCAAGUUGCAGCUGAAGGGACUCAGCUUUUUUGGAAAGCUCAGGAACUGUGUGAUCUGUUGUCUACAUUAAUAGCAACAAUAUGUCAUACCUGAGGGAAUACAUCGGUGGAAGUGGAGGUCAUGCAUUUGAUUUUAAUGGGCUUGGCAAUGGAGCCACACUGAAACAGAUAUGGGUGUGGGUUGGUGGCUGGCAGAUCAAAGCCAUUAAGGCCUGGCUUACCGAUGGCCGCUCCGAGCAGUUUGGAAACCCCAGUGGAAAUCCCAAACAAUUUAUAUUUGAAGAUGGAGAGUUUUUUACCUCUCUCUCGCUCUGGGGAAAUGGAGCUGGAACACGUACAGGUGCCAUCAAAUUCAGGACCAACAAAUCUCGAGAGUUCUUUGUACAGAUGACGGAGUGGGGCCUGAAGACAGAAUACCCAAUAGAUGUUGGUUCUGGGAUCUGCAUGGGAAUUUCUGGAAGAUGUGGGUCAGAUAUCGAUUGCUUAUCUUUCGUAUUCAUCAACAGCAUUGAGUCUACUGUGAUGAAGAAUGUGAAUUAUCCCACAAUGCACAUGGAGAUACCCAAGGUAGUUGUCGAAGAAAUCAAAUCCAUAACUUACCACAACACAUCUGAUGUCCAACAAGAAUACAAAGUAGAAACUUCAAAAACCAUCACCAAAAAGUCCUCCUGGUCAACAACCAACAAGAUGGAAAUGUCUUUCCACAUGGAAGUGAAGGCAGGAAUUCCAGAUGUUGUGGAAGUAUCAACUGGAUUCAGUUUUACCAUGAGUACUGAAAGCACAUAUGGUUUGGAGAAUUCUGAGGAGAAAACCGAGCUGCUGUCUUUCCCUGUUCAGGUUCCUCCAAAGAAAUCCAUGGAUGUAGACAUCACAAUCGGUCGAGCCACAUUUGAUCUCCCCUACACCGCCACUGUCCAAAUUACCUGCAGCAAUGGCUCAACUUUAGAGUAUCCUACUAAGGGAAUCUAUAAGGGCGUGACCUACACCGAUGUGACAACAGUGGUGAAAGAAUCCACAAAGAAGCCCAAAUAGUCGUAAUUUUUUCUUGAUCUAGGAAGACAACCAUGGUCUAACCUAAAAGAAAAUACAAUGAAAAAAAAAAAACAAUUAUAAACCGACAAUAUUUUAUAGUUAAGGGAUCAGGGAUAUGUUUUUUAUAAUCUUUUUAUAUAUCUAUCUUUUUUGCAAUUACCAAUUUCCACAAAGACCAUUUUUUAUUCUUCUGAUUAACGGGUACAAACUGGGAACCGGGAUCAUCAUCUGAGUGGUUGAAUAGGACAAAUACUCCUCACCAUUGGACACUCCAGAAAGGAGCAUUCCUCACACUAGCUGUUCGUUCUGCCCAAGAACAUCCAAGCGUCAGGACUCCCACAUGAGUAAAACUUUACAAUAAGAGUAAAUCAGUUAACAGUACUUAUGACAUCAUUACAAAUGAUUAAACUAAUGUCUCAAUCCAUUAUUACAGAGGCUUUCCCCAUCUUUUACGUUUUGUCACCUUACAACCACAAAUUUAAAUGGAUUUUAUUUAGAUUUUAAGUGAUAGACCCACAAAAAGAAGCACGUCAUUGUGAAGGUAAUUCUCAGUAUAAAUACAGCUGUUCUCUGAAGGCCUCAGUGGAUUGUUAGAGAACACUAGCGAACAAACAGCAACAUGAAGACCAAGGGACUCACCAGACAGGUCAGAGAUAAAGUUGUGGAGAAGAAGUUUAAAGCAGGGUUAUGUUAUAAAAAACAUAUCUCAAGCUUUAAGCAUCCCAAAGAGUAUUGAUCCUCAAUCCAUCAUUCAAAAAAUGAACCUGAAAAAGUAUUCUACAACUGAUUCUACAAACCUACCAAGACAUUGCCAUGGUCCAGCACAGGUCAGAGAAGCAGCCAAGAUGCCCAUGGUCACUCUGGAGGAGCUGCAGAGAUCCACAGCUCGGCUGGAUCAGGAGAAUCUGUCUACAAGACAACAAUAAGUCGUGCACUCCACAAAUUUGGCCUUUAUGGAAGAGUGGCAUAAAAAGACAUAAAAACAUGAAAAGAGCAAGAAUGUGGAAAAAGGUCAUUAAAUACCUUCUUACAUAACCAUACAUUACAUAACCAUUUAGCCAUGUUUAUUACUGUUAUUAUAAGUACUGUUAUUUGUGAGCCACAUGUAUAGACAAGUUAACACAGUCAGUCCAGCCCUCCUGCAGGUCUUUGAAAAGCCCCUGGAGACAACACAGAAACUUCAACCAGACAAGUCUAAACUCUACACCACUGUGCAGUAAUUACACCACCAAGCAGCAUAUCUCAGAAACAGAUGUUCCCAUGGAACUGUUGUGUGUGCAGGGUCUUCUAUUUGCUUCUCAGUACCCCAUGAAAAUGCAUAUUCCGGGGUUUGGGAUAUUUUGAAAUAUUUGCUUGUAUGUACCUUAAAAUGUUUAAAUGAAUUAGAAUUGUAAUCAUCUUCUGCUUACAUGGGUAGAUCUGGGAAAAAAAUCUUUUUAUUUUUUGUGUGCCUGAUAAAAUAAUUAACGUAGUACUAAUUACUACUUUAACUGUUUAUUUCUAGAGAACUGUUUUGGGGAAAUUUUGUUAUAAAAACUGUUUUAUGCAGAUUCUACUUUUAAAGAAAAUGUUCCUAAUCUUGGAUAUUGUUUUAUUAUGGGUGAAUAUUUUGGGAUGUUCUCUGUUACUUAUUUUUGUUAAAAUGUCUUAAAUCAUUCAUCUGCUUUGUGUACUGUGCAGCAAUAAAAUCUUUCAUUUUAAAUUUAAA